AUGGGGUCGAAUAUUCCACAAGCAAUGCCCGAGAAUUGGGAAGGGAGGGACCAAAGACAAGUUCUAAUGUCCACGCGUGAGGUAGCAACACCCGGGAACAGACCUGGCCUUUUUGCGACCCUGCACGAUCGAGGGAAGGUGCCUAAGCAACCAGAUUUCUAUGACCCUUACUUUCCGCUCAAAUAUCUCGAGGUACCCAAAUCCGAUCAUAUUUAUAAAAGAGCCCACUACGGUCUACAAUCAGGGAUUCCCGAUGAGGUGGAUUUUGCAUUAUACCACCUUGUUCAGAUUUCGAAUCAACGAUGGGAUAAAUUCAAGUUUGAAGGUUUCCCUUUGCUUGCGGAGAACCUCAUGGCAAAGGCCCUGGAUAUUUCCCUUGUCACAACCGGAGUGAAGUGGGAGCUUCAGUAUGAUUUUCGGCAACCUGAUGAUCGCGUCAAUGUGUUGAACUCACUACACGGCACACGAGAUCUAUUGGAGAAAAUCAAACAAAUACCGGUUACAUUGCCGGAAGACACCCUCGAGACGUACGAAUUCAACCACCUUCUCCGCAACGUUAAAGAGGCGACCUUGGUUCUGCGGAACAUGGUCCUUUUGAAAGAGAAUGCGUACUAUGUGUCACGGUACGCGAAAGGCCUGCUCCGAGACUUCCUCGUCAUUAUGAUCAACAUGCCCAAUCAGCCUCGUCUCAACGAGAUCAAGAACGACGCUUUGGACAUUGCAGAGGAGGUCACCAAGUUUAUGAAGACCGAUCCGGAGGACCCACUUUGGAUCUCACUUCUCAAUUGUCUUGAGUCGCCAGAUCGCGCUCACGUGGUCCGCGCACUCUGGGCUCUCACUCAUUUCUCCACUGAACUAGACGAGCCAGAGGCGAACCGAGCAAUGGAACGGAUACCAAAGGAGACUUUGCAGCAGCUCUACUUUCACACUCUUCUCGACUUGGACAAAGAUAUUCUCAGUGGUGCACUGGACUUCUGGUACCAGUAUACACUUUCAUCCGAGAACGUUGAGACUUUGAUUGAGGUCUUCAACUUGCCUACCGUCUUCGUCCCUCGGAUGGCUGCAUUGUUAACGCACGAAGGCCGACCAAGCAAGAAGGAAACUGUGUUGCAAGAAGAAAAGGUGGCUCCCCCGCCGUCGGAUAUCCCUCGUGUGCCGCCCGAGCUCAUGAAAGAGCUGAUGGAGCUUUCGGAGCCUGAGCGGAGCUCGCGUUGGCUCCGGUGCUGCUUUGUUGAGGACCUCGAGUGUGAGAUCACCCAAAUUGCAUUGUGGCAGGCGUAUCAGAGCAGAUUUGCAGACCCUCGUCUUCCCGGUGGUGGUGUUCUCCCUGCGGCUGAAUUCAUCAAGAAUGUCAGUACCACUUUCACGAACGCGCAGGCUCAAGUGAUCAAUGGUCCUGGUGCAGCGACGAAAUUCAUCAUCAAAGGCAUUCGGCCGUUGGAGACCGCCUAUACCUUUGAGGGCUUUCCCUACGUUCACUGCAAGUGGGCGGACAACACGAAACCCAGCAAGGCGUGUCAGCGCGCUUUCAAGUCGCCGGCAGAACUUCGCCAUCAUGUCUUCACGGAACACAUGAGUCUCAAGCCUACUGAAACGCCGGGACACUACAAUCUGGAGAAGGCGGAGUCGCCGGUUCAUACCUGUCUUUGGGACAACUGCACGAAAUUCCGGUCGUCUGGUCCGAGUGCCAAUACUGCAAUGGUCGCCGGGCAUGUUUCAGCACAUUUGCCCGAGGAACGUGCCCCUGAUGCGGAGCCACCGACAUCCAAACGGGCGGUGCUCCAAGAGCGCAUCGUCCGCAAAUGGUACUACCUGGACACCCCAGUCAAUGAGCGGGGCGAGCCGUUCGGAGUGGCCUACAAGGCUGCAUUAGUAUUGCGCAACCUUGCCCGAAACCUACCUACGGGUAUUGCACCACAGUACAACGGGCUUUCGUGGAAGAAAGCCGUCUUCCUCAGCCAUCGUCCGAAGAUCGUCGAAGCAUGGGACCGUAACCGCUCAUUGCGUAAGGAGCUUACCGAGUUGAUCAUGGUAAUAGAGAAAGAGGAUUAUUACUGA